GGCAUAAUCAACUAAUGGCCCUAAUCAAUUAUGUGAUUUUAACGAGCGGGUUAUCGGUCUCCUUCGACAACCCUACCCUACCUUGAGGGAAUUUUGGCAGCUGAGAGCCUGAGAUCGCGCUACCCCGCGCCUCCUAUCUCCUUGUCACCUCUUCGCGAGCACCCGCCUGUCUCCGCCGCCGUCUUCCAUCGCCACGGAGAAGUGGAGGCCGCAGCCUAUUCUUCUCCACCGUUCGUUACCCUGCUCUGGUUGAGAAGCACGGCCCUCUUUGUCCCGAAGGUCUCCAUCGCGCGCUUUCUCUCUCUCUCGUUGAGUUCGAGAGAGAAAGAUGCUAGCCAAAGGAAGAAAAAUUGCUGGGAGAGGUGAAGAGAUGGCUGCACAUUAUGCUUUUGGCCCUCUUGAAGAUGAUGUGAUAAUUAAACACAGGCUUCUGACUCGCACCACAACUACCCGGGGUGAACCACCAUUAAAGAAGCUUCAAAAGAAGUUUGUCUCCUUGGCACUUGAGAUCGAGAAGGACGCAGAUAAUCUAAGUGACUGUGAGAGAUCGUACAAGGCUUUCCUACAAGAAAUAGCCACUUUUGAGCUCCCACUUAUUAAAAGCAAAGCAGUGGUUGAUGCUAACAUCCGAGAGAAAGAGAGCUUCAAUGAGCUGCAAGAAGAAAUCCAACAACAAAUCUUACAGGCUCAGGCUGAUAUUGGGGACUUAAAAAAACAACUUGAGGAGAGCAAGAUUGAGAGGCAGCACAAGGAGGAGGGUGAGGCCAUUAGGAAGCUGAUUGCUUUGCAGCCCCCAAGGUCAGAAACUCAGAAAAUUAUCUCAGAUCUAGAGAAGGAAAUUGUUACUUUGGAGGCAGAGAAUGCUGCAUGUGUGAGGACAUUGGAUCUUCGGAAGAAACAAUUCUCUCUUUUGCUGCACGUGGUUCAUGAAUUGCAGAAUACCAUUGAGGAUGAACAAAAGAGCUUGGCAGAUGAGCUCAGAGCUGUCAUGGAAGAGCAGAAGAUUAGCAUUGAAGAUGGUAGUGCUGUUGGCUCGGAGGCCAUGGUUGUAGACUAACUAGUGAUGUACUAUCUUGCUUUGUGUAUUUGCUCAAUGUGCAGUUGUAGACUACCUAGUGAUGUGCUAUCUUGCUUUGUGUAUUUGCUCUUAAUGUGCAAUCUUUGUAAUUUACUCGUGAGUUGCAAUUUGGACUUAAGCUUGUUUUGGGGAAAGAGAUACUAAUCAAAUAAAAUAGCGGAAAUUAAUUCCCCACCC